AUGUCUCUACUUGUAUGCUUGGUACUAAGUGCGCCAUUCCUGAAGCACGUCGUCCUCUCAUCUUACAAGUGCCGGAUUAAGAUUCCAGAAGCAAUUGCGACUAUCAGUGAAAGCUCAGCAGAUGGGUUGAACAUUGCCUGUCUCCCAUCAAAGAGGCAAUUCAGUAAGUUCAGCCGUGGGUCUGACAUGUUCUUCAGCGGGGCGUUGUGGGGAGACAUUGAGCGUUGUUUAAAUGAACCCCAACAGCCGCUCUUUCCUGGUAUGCCAUUUACUCAAUGGCACCUUCCCUCGAAAACCUGGAAUCAUUCCAUCAAUUCUUUCCGGCCCGGGGAUACUCCGUCCGACUUCCAUCGCAACCUAUUGCCCGACUGCCUCCAACUACGACUGAUAGAAAUGUCUAAUACUCACCAAUGCGGCAACAUCUAUCUUGUUGUAACCAGCCCGACAAUCCUCACGAGACCUCAGAAUCACCGUGCCGCCACCCGAUAUCGCAUUCCGAUUUUAUCAGGUGUUCUUCUGGCCCUGUCAGUUCCUCGGGAUGGGUCACUGAAUCCGGCUAGGCCUUCUUCCCAAGAACUAUCUUUACCGCUGUCCGACAAUCGGGCAUCACCUGCUCUUCUGGGCUGGUCGCCCUUAUCUUCACAAACAACGCUCGCCUACCUUGUGUUAUCGCUGCUGUUGGCAUGGGCCACUGCUGAACGGCCGCUGCUCUCCGAGAUAAGGCACACACUAUCCCUUGGCAUUCUCUUGCCAAUACACAAUGAGAGCAUGAAUUGCAACUGGUACUUUCAACGCAUGGUAGAAUAUGAGUAUGAAACAGAUUUGAUAUCAAAGCAAUUGUGGUAUCUUCAUUUUGCUAACAAUUACCAGGACGGUAGUCCCAUCCCGAUCAUCCUCAAGGCAGGAUUUUGA